UGGAAGAGCGGUCUGUUACAGUCCCUGGUUGUCGAGGAGGCUGUGCUGCAGGAACCAAAGGCAUCAAUAACACUUGGUAACGAGACUACUUGGGAACUGAGUGCCAGGCGUCGACCCGCGGACUCGUAUGUUUGAAACAUAUGUUUUGAUGGCAAGACAUUUCUUUUCUGCAGGUCUAAGAAGAGCCUCUGACAACAUUGUUAUAAACCUGAAGUGCCAACGGGGAUAAACGGACAAGGCUUUUUAUUUAUUUUUACGCAAAAUAAAGUUUACCCAACCAUUUAAUAGAAAGAAGAGACUGGACGACGAUGUUCAAGAAAAGCAGAAGCAAAGUGCUGGUGGAUGACGCGUCAGAAGAGGAUGACAUGUCGUGGCACUACGACCACUGCUAUAAGGACAAAGACAUAGAAGGAGUGGGCGAGGAGGAAGAGGAACAAGAGGAAGCUGCGAGUACCGGAUCUCAGGAAGCUAAGGUGAAGAAGACAAAGUCCAAGAAGGAGAAGCGAGAGAAGAAGAUGUUUUCCUUCAAGGACGAUGAGCAUUUCCUAUUAACCGGGAUCAAACUGUCUGACCGGAGAGGGUCUCACAAGAUAAUGAAGGAGGAUGAGAAGGAGACAGAGAAGGGGAAGAAGCCAGAGAAAAGCUCCUGCUUCUGGGAGAGCAUCACCAUGACGAUGCGGCAGGUCACGCCCACCAAGAAGCUGGAAAAGAUGGAGGGCUGGGAGCCACCUCAGCUCAGUGACGGAAACGACAAACCCAUCAACGACGUGGUCCAGGAGGCCGUGAGCAAGACCAGGGACACUCCUGUGUCUUUACCCCGUUCCCUGGAGCUCCCGUUGGGCCUGCAUUCCUGGAGGGGCCUGGGUCUGGAGGAGGACUCGUCCCGCUACACCAACCUGUCCGACUCCACAGAGACCUCUGCCGCCAGGUGGACGGCCCUGGCCAAGGUGAAGCUGGCCGGCAUCAGAAGGAGUCGGGGGAUCGUGUCCGAGAACUCAUGGAAGGGCUUCAAAUAGAAAGAGACACAGCUGACUCCCACCCUCUGACCCAUCAAAUCCCCACUCCCCUAACCAAAAGGCUUAAAAUUCACAACAAACAACCGUUUGACUCAGAGCAGUGCUGGCAUUGCGCUGUCGAGUUGUCCUCUAACACAAACAAAGGAUCAUUAAGACUGAACAGCCCACCUGGGUGCGGAUCAAGAGAUAGACAAUCACGCUGAAGUAAGGCAAGCAAUGUUACAAAUUGCAGUAGCCGUUUAUGCCAAUUUAAACUCUUUCUAGAGCAGGGGUCUCAAACUCAACUUACCUGGGGGCCACUGGAGGUAGAGUCUGGGUCAGGCUGGGCCACAUCAAGUAUUCCACAAAAAAAAGUAGCACAACUGACUCAAUCUAAGUUAAUGAUCGGGCUAUAAUUAGACCACGUUGGCUAUGUAAUCGCAGAUUUAACUGUGAUGGUAUAGGGAACACCUUUAAUACUACACAGCAGUGGCUCCCAACUUACUUCAAAUAGUUUACCCCUAAAUAUAUAUAAAGUCAGGUCUGUCUGAAGUGAGCCCUAAUAUGUGAAAUUAUAUGUGAAGACAGCUUUCUCUGGAUGUGGUUUAGGUAGCAACAGACUGAUAGGAGGGUCGGCGCAAGGAAUUUAAAUAUAUUGCAACGAAUGAUUGCAGAAUGGGCUUCAUGUUAAACCUUGGAAUAUUAACCAUAAUUUUAGUGUUGCAAACCACUUUCCAACGUUAACACUAGUUUUUUACACGAAAAACCGAAUCCCAUGUGGCAUUUAUACUUUUUUAAUAUUAUUAUAUUGGCAUUUUUAAGGUCUUCCCGCAUUCCCCCUGGAAUACAAACCCGUACCCCUGGUUAGGAAUCACUGCUGGAUAGGAUUUAUUUUAUAUUGAAUAUUUAAAGCUGAUGCUACUGUAGAAUUUAUAUUAAAACAGUAUUUUCUAUGCAAUUCAAGUCUACUAUCAAAGAAUGUUAAAUCCAACGUCUUCUAAGCUCUGGGGCUUUUUUUUCUGCUUUAUGCAAAUGUACAAUUGUUGUUGACACUGUAUUAUGAACAGGCCUAUGUGAGUUUCUAUCUACAGAUAUAAGGGGUCAGGGUUCAUAGAGUGGCUGUGAGGUUGAUCUAAGGUUAUCCAUGUUAGUUGCUGGUUGUACUCCGAAUCAUCUGAAGACCUCAGCCGAUUGCUGAAUGCUAUUUAACUACUCCAAUAUCAAUCAACAAUAAAUUGACUGAUUCUGGAUUGAGACCAAGAUUGGUCAUACAAGCUGUAAAGCUGAUUGUGCCUACUGCAUAGCUACACAUCAAAUGAUGAUGGCUGAUUUGUUUUAUUGACUAAUCUCAGUAUCUUCUUUUCCUUUGGCUCUAUAUAGAAACGGCAAAUGUGAUUGACUGCAACAUAGUGAGCGUAUCCCAGUGUUGUGUAUGUGUGAGAUAUUGAAGAAUCAUAGUUCUAUAUGCAUCACUAUUUUACAACUCAUCCAAUGUAACAUGAUGAUUUAGGUAAAUUGUUGAUUUGAAAAGAUGAUAGUAAACACAAUCUAUUUUGAAA